AUGAAUAAAGAACCGAAACAUUGCAAUAUACGCGACAGAGUCUUCGUCAAUAACGCUGGUCUAUCAAGUCACCGACGUUCACACAAGGAUAUGACACCUUACUCAUGCGAAGUAUGCAAAAAGUCAUUUAAACAAAUUAAUUAUCUGAAAAGACACCAACGGUGCCACUCGGAUGAGAGACCUUACUCGUGUGAAUUAUGCAAAAAGUCAUUUAAACAAAAUAUAAGUCUGAAAAGACACCAACAGUCUCACUCGGAUGAGAGACCUUACUCGUGUGAAUUAUGCAAAAAGUCAUUUAAACAAAGUGUAAGUCUGAAAAUUCAUAGAAGGACCCAUACGGGCGAGAGACCCUAUCAGUGUGAAGUUUGCAAAAGAUCAUUCAUUGGUAGCGGAAACCUGUUGAAACACCGACGGAGGCACACGGAUGAGAGACUUUUCUCGUGUCAAAUAUGCAAACAGUCCUUUAAACUUAUUGCAAAUCUGAAAAAACACCAACAAACACAUGUGAAUGACAACCAAAGUGGCAAGCUGAUGAAUCGACGGCCAAUAGACGUGGGUGGCACCCAAAGUGGCAGUCUGAUUAAUCAUCGACCAACGGAAGCUGGUGAUACCCAAAAUGGAAGUCAGACAAGACACCAGCAAACACAUGUAAAUGGCAACCAAAGGGGAAAGCUGAUGAAUCAACGGCCGACCGACAUGAGUGAUACCCAAAGUGGCAGUCUGACAAGACGCCGACAAACACUUGUGAAUGAAAACCAAAGUGGCAAGCUGAUUAAUCACAGACCAAAAGACGUGGGUGAUACCCAAAGUGAAAAUCUGAUGCACUACGGGGGGAUAGAAUCGUUCCAGCGAGAAAUCUUGAUUUUUCAAAAACGUGUCUUGAGAAGACAUGGUGCUAACCAGCACGGGAAUCCAGAUAGUUGUAUGAUUCGUUUGAAACCCUCAUCGAGUACAUCAAGGAUAUUGUAG